UGAGCAGACGGCCCCGACUUCACUCCGGCAUCCUCUCGGCUCAGCUGCUCUCUUGUCGCCUGCAGUGGGCUGGUGCCAACAGGCUGCAGCCCCUACUCUCCGGACGCAGAGCAGACCGACCGCUCUCACCCUGAACCAGCAAGACUUAACAAGAACAGAAACGCAUUCUACAGCCGGCGCGCGACGAUGACUCUGCAGCUGCUGCUCAUGUCCGUAACGGCCCUGUGUGUGCUGGCAGGGAACUUCCUGGUGGAGGCAGCCUUCUACCACCGCGAGCGCUCCGCCAACAUGGAGAACCUCCUGCCCAGUGCCGACCGCUCCCCCGACAUCAGCCGCACUUUCUACGGGAUCAUGUUUGACGCCGGCAGCACCGGCUCGCGCAUCCACAUCUACACCUUCAUUCAGAAGGAUGACGCUGGAUUGCCGGUUCUGCAGAAUGAAAUGUACCACGCAGUGAAGCCUGGCUUGUCUGCCUAUGCAGACAAGCCUGAAGAGGGUGCAAACACCAUUAAACAGCUCCUGAGGAUCGCGAAGAAGACAAUUCCCCACUCAGAAUGGAGGAGGACUCCGGUGGUCCUAAAAGCCACCGCAGGUCUCCGGCUGCUUCCCGAACACAAGGCCAGGGCGAUUCUGGAUGAGGUCCAUGAAGUCUUUGCGAAGUCCCCCUUUUUCGUCCCCAGCAACAGUGUGACUAUAAUGAAUGGAGCAAACGAAGGGAUCCUGGCGUGGGUCACGGUGAAUUUUUUGACCGGUCACUUGUAUGCCAAAUCACACAAAACUGUGGGAAUCUUGGAUUUGGGUGGCGGCUCAACUCAGAUUACAUUCCUCCCCAAAUUAAAGAAAACGGUUAAUUCUGCUCCAGCUGAUUACAUUGCAAGAUUCGACAUGUUCAACACCACAUAUGAGCUUUACACGCACAGUUACCUCGGAAACGGACUGAUAGCAGCCCGCCUCGCGACGCUGGGAGCCCUGGGCGCCGACGGACUGGACUGGAAAGUUUUCAGAAGUUCCUGCCUUCCCAAGAAGUACAGGGAGGAUUGGACCUUUGGUGGCCUCACUUACAAAAUUAGCGGUACUCCAGAUGGUUAUGCAGGCUACAAACUCUGCUACUAUGAGGUCCUGAGGGUCAUCAAAGGGAUCGUACACCAACCCUUUGAGGUCAAGGGCAGCAGCAUUUUCUAUGCCUUCUCCUACUACUAUGACCGAGCUGUGGAAUCUGGCCUCAUUGAUGGCAGUCGAGGUGGUGUUGUCGAGGUGAGGGAUUUCAAGAAGCGAGCCAAAGAAGUGUGCAACAAAAUGACCAAGUACCGCCCAAUCAGCCCCUUCUUGUGCAUGGAUAUGACCUACAUCACCUGCUUGUUAAAGGAAGGUUUCGGCUUCAAGGACAACACUGUGCUACAGCUUGCUAAGAAGGUGAACAAUGUGGAGAUGAGCUGGGCUUUGGGGGCAACUUUCGACUACUUCAAGCACCUGCACAUCCACUGAGGGAUGGGCCCAGACACCGACGGGCAGGUCCGACAGCUGGGACCCCCCCAGCCUCACCCCCACCCAGGCCUGCCAUGUCACGUAAACAAUAUUUCCACACCGUUACCCUGGAAACGCAUCAAAUAAUUUAAGAACUGUUGAUAAAGAGAUCACUAUAUUUUUUUAAAGCCAGCUAUUUCUACUGUAUGUCUAAUCCAAAAUCAGUGAGUUUUUUUGGGUUUUCCUUCAGCGUCUUUUUGAGGAUCAGAAAAAAAUGCUCCCCUACCUUAAGUAUAUCGGAGUUGGAUUUUGAGGGAGCUUCCGUACUUACUGUGUUUGAAGAUCCUCUUGUAAAAGGUAUCCCUUCGAGGAUGCAGAAAUGCAAUGGGUUCUUCCCAUCGUCCAGCAGAACUGCGGGCAUGAUAAACUGAAUCUUUUGAAACAAACCAUCAGCAAACAUUUUGCAAAUCUGCAUUCGUACCCAUGUCUCACCUACACAGGCCCACAUUCUCUGUACGGCAGAUUAUAUUAUAUAAUCCACUCCAGGGGAAAUCUGUAAACGUUCACUCCUAGCAACUGUUCAGAGUUUUCUCUACAUCCCUUCCAUGUUCACAUUUGUACUUAUAUGCUCCUAUAAACAUUAAUACAGAGCGGCGAUCUGAGCUUUCCAAAGCUUCCUAUUUGCACAUAACACUUUAACGCAGAUACUGUAAGCAAGACGGCCUUUUGCUUCGAUUUCACCUUGAUGUACAUAUUUACUGAUGCAGCCGGGGAGCAUUCAGGGAGGCCAGAGAGCGCAGAGAUGGAUGCUGGCAGCCGUUUAGUGAAAUACGCCUGCAGACCGUUACCUCGGGUCCACAGACAUGUAGGACUGCUCGCAGUAACAACCGGGCAGCAGGAGGGAGUAGGGUUGGAUCUGCAGCAAGGAGCGAGUACAAUGGCGGUAAAAAUAUCGACGGCGUGGUGCUUUGACAUUACAUCCAUAGCAAACUAACUUACAAAGGAAAAUAAAGACAGGGGUUAAACUUUGUGGUGCAGAUAAAACUAAGGAUUCUGUUUAGUCAGUAAUAUCAAUCUAAUUAUAGUACUGUUUUGUACCAAAAUGUAUUUUAGCAUAAUGCUUUAAUAUUGGUAAUGGGAAUUGCACAGGACUGGCUGUAACAUUUACUGUUUAUAACUGGGGGGUUCAUGCCGCUUGUGUACAUUGCAGUGCAAUACGUAAUACUUGAUUUGUAACAUUCUACAGAUACUACACAGCCUCUGAUCAUUCAAACAUUUUUUUUUUAAUAAUGGAAGUUUCUACUCAUGUUUCUCAGUAAGGUUUGAAUACGCUUAUUACUAAAAAGUCACCACACUUUGUGAGAUGAUCCAGGACCAACUGGCCAGUUGCCGCUUCUUCUCUGGUGUCAUUUAUACAUGUUUUCUGUGUAAUAAAAUGGUUAACAAAAUCACAUGUA